AUGGGGAUCUAUAACGUGCGGGAGGGUGACAAGCAUGCAGACAAUGUGGUUGCGUACAUCGCUGAUGUCGAUGGCAACCUACCAUCAAAUUUCAGUGGUGUGCUCAUUCAGGCUACUAUCCACUUCUCUGUAACUCCACAAGGAAACCUAAUUGAUCCAGCAUCAUCAACCGUCCAUUCGAUAUCCUCCACAAUCCCUCUUCGAAUCCUAAUCAGCGACACAUCGCCAGUCAACUUUGCAGCAAGCCAACCACUAAAUGGAUUUGAUUCAACAUUUACCUUUGCUGAAGGUGACCCAAACAAUUACCCGCUCGAUCUGUAUCUUGUUAGUCUCGGCGUCAUUGCUACGACUGUCAACACAACCAGUAAUUCCACAAUACCUAUACCAGUCGCAAUGAUUAUCCAAGGCGCACUACAAUCAUGGCGGUUACAUUUCAAUCUCGUCGAGGAACAAUUUCAUCUCAUGACAAGUGGUAAUUUGCAGAAAUCGCCAAAUCUUACGGUAGAAGUCAUACGGUCUUAUACGACCAAGAUCUUUUCAUUCUUUACCUUGAUUGUGAUGUGGGCGUUGAGUGUUGCGAUCUUGGCGCUGGCUAUUACCUUGUGGACUCGAGAUAGGAAGGUUGAGCCUCCUACGAUUGUCGUAGCAACGUCCAUGUUGUUUUCGCUGCCAGCUAUAAGAAAUGCACAACCAGGAGCUCCACCUGUCGGUUGUACAUCCGAUGUUAUAGGAUUCUUCUGGUGUAUGCUAAUUGUGGCGACAGCAGGUACCUUAUUACAAGAAUUAAGCCAGCAAGAAUUCUUACAACUCACUCACACUAUUGUCUUUCCUCAUCACUCUCCAGCACUACUGCUUUUAAUCAACUACAUUGUAAAGUACAAGGCAGAAGCACAGGGACAACAGUCAGUCCAGGACCAACAGUUGUUCAAAUGA